CUCGCCUGUGUCCUGCUGGCCUUGCUGCUGGGUGGUGCAGCCCGGGCCGCCGACAUCGUGGGUGGGCAGGAAGCGCAGCCCCACUCGCGGCCCUACAUGGCGUCCCUGCAGCUGCUGCAGACCCCGGGCAGCCACUUCUGCGGGGGCACCUUGAUUCACCCGCGGUUCGUGCUGACCGCCGCCCACUGCCUGCAGGAAAUCCCCCACAACCAGGUGAGCAUAGUGCUGGGGGCCCACGACCUGCAGACCCCCGAGCCCACCCAGCAGAGGUUCAGCAUCACUCGCCUGUUUGGGAACAAUUAUGACCCGGAGCAGAGCCUCAAUGACAUCCUCCUUGUACAGCUGGACCGCCCAGCCACCCUCCGCGCUGAGGUCGCAGUGGCCCAGCUGCCGCAGCAGAAUCAGCAGCUGCCCCAGGGCACCCAGUGCCUGGCCAUGGGCUGGGGGCGCCUGGGCACCCACGCCGCAGUGUCCCGGGUCCUGCAGGAGCUCAAUGUCACUGUGGUCACCUUCCUGUGCCGGCCGCAGAACGUGUGCACGCUGGUGCCCCGUCGCAGCGCUGGCAUCUGCUUUGGAGACUCUGGUGGCCCCUUGAUCUGCAACGGCGUCCUGCAGGGUGUGGACUCCUUCGUGAUCCAGGGCUGCGCGACCCGCCAGUACCCUGACUUUUUUGCUAAAGUGGCCCUCUACGUGGACUGGAUACAGUCGGUGCUGCGCAGAGAGGGGGGCCACGGCAGUCCCUGA